AUGCGGCGUUGGCUGUGGUUGGCUGCUGCCAUCGUCACCCAGACGAUGCCGUUCGCCCCAGGGGCGCUCGAGUUCUUGUUCGGCGCCGGGCCGGUCGCUCGGGAGGCUACCAACAUCGACGUACGUCCACCUCAGUGUGGUCGAGGAGUGUCUUCACUGCCCUCUGCUCAACCUGCAGCAGAUUCUCAGCCAGCCAAAAAGAAACGUCGGCACGCCAAAGCGAAAGACCUCGAGGCUGUCCUGAACGUGGCAUGCUGCCGUGACGUUGGGAACGUAGAACUAGAAAGGGAGUUCACUGAGGACGAGGUUGAGGCGUGUGUGGACAAGCUGAAGUGCCCCAAAGCAGUAGGAGCGGAUGGGAUAGUCAACGAGUUCAUGAAACUUGGGGGGAAGGGGAUGAUCCAGCUGAUGGUAUUGCGAUACAAUUGGGUGUGGAAAAACGAGUAUACGCCAAGUAGAUGGAGGGAAGGAGUGGUUGUGAACUUGUUUACGAAAGGAGACAAGACUGACCCAGGAAACUACAUGGGGAUCACACUGUUGAAUACAGUAGGAAAAGUGUUCUGUAAGCUGCUGAACGAUAGGAUAGUGGGAGUAUUGGACAAGGUACAUAGCUUUAGUGAGGGCCAGGCAGGUUUCCAAAAGAAGAGGGGGUGCGUUGACCACGUAUUCACGGUAGGGAGAAUCAUCCAAGAAUUGGGGAUCCAAUCCCUACGGUCGGGAAGAGACGCGAGGAAGCUGACCUGGCAGUAUCGCAUGUGCGGGAUGGGAGAGGAGAGGUUGCCGAGAAUUGUAUGGGAGGCGAAGUGGGCAAACAAAAAGAGGGGUAGACAACCCACGGAAUGGGUCAAGGUUGUAGAGGACGUAUGGAAGGGGCUCGACAUCGACGAAGAUGAAACGCUGGAAACGGAGGGUCCACAGGGGCUCAAGGAUUACCUACACGGACCAAUGGAUGCGGGAACAAAGCUUAAGGUCAAAUUCAGGACCGGGGACAUAGGCCUUCGAGAACGUCGACGAAGACAUAGGACGGUAGACGACGAAGACGACGGGUUCAAAUGUGAUUGCGGCUUCGAAUGCGAAGACCGUGAUCAUGUUGUCGCGGAAUGUCCGUUGUACAAGGAGAGGGAAGUGUACGUGGCUGAACUGGGCAAAAUUGAUAGGGCGUACAGGGAGAUGUUUGAGGCAUGGAAUAGAGAGGAAAGGACGGUAGCUGUACUGGGGCAUAGGAGGUGGGUUGAAAAGGC